UGUGAGAUGGAAAAAUGGGAUGUUAAAAGUGAGAAAAGUCUUUUGCAUGCUACCCAGAGAGGGGUUGUUCUGGGUUCCCAUGUCACUUAAAGGGAAACUUUGACCUUGUGAAGAGCCCUUGAUGUCCUGCAAGUGAAGAUGUCCUCACAUUCCUUGCAGCAGGAGCCCACUAAGGUGGCACCCACCUUGUCUUCCAAAUGGGACAGUACACAGCGAUGGCAUCUGAGUCACACAUCCGAACAGAACCCGAGAGACGCUUCUGCUGGCAGCUCCUGCCCUUGAAAACCCGGCUGAUGUCAAUGUCAUUUCCUCCAAGAAUACUGACCAGGGAGCUGUGCUGGAGUUGGCUGCUGCCACCAGAGCCACGUCUAUGGCUGGCCGCUUCAUUCCUGGAACCUUCACCAACCUGGUCCCGGCAGUCUUCCCAGAGCCACGACUUCCGGUGGAUGCGAAUCCCAUGGCUCACCACCAGCCGCUCACAGAGGCAUCUCGCAUUGUCCUGCCUACCUCUGUGCCUUAACCUGUGUAACACAGAUGCUCCUCUGCAGUGUGUGGACAUUUCCUUCCCACCGGGCAGUAAGGGAGCUCGCUCAGCGGGUCGCAGGCGGCGGGAGCGGAGGCCCUAAAGUUCUGCGCAUGUGCGGUAGCCGCCCCGACCACGCGCCAGAGGGCACACGUGAUCUCCCCUUCUACAGAGAUCCCGAAGAGUUCGGAAAGGAAGAGCAGGCUGCUGCUGACAAGACCGUGACACAGGAGGCAUUUCAGGGUGAAUGGGCUGCUCCAGCUUCCCAACAUGUGGAUCCUCAACCCGGGGCCACAGGCGGGUCCAAGGGCGCAGGUGCCCCGCGGGCCUCUUCAGCCGGCUCCUCCCGGGGACUGGUCUGCAGCUCCCGCCGCUCACGUCCCUGCCUGGGUAAGAACAGCCGCUGAGUGGUCUUAAGCUCUUCUUUCACAGACUUCAACAGAAAACGGAAAACAAGCAGUUCCCCCAACCCCCGCAAAAAAAUGGGAAAGGGCCACUUUACGGCAGCAGAAACGAAGGCUCUGUAAGCAGUGAUUGCUCUGUAUUCCAGUAACAGCAGGGCUGAGAAUGGAACCGGGGUCCUCUGAUUCCAGUUCUGCUUUCCGGUGAAAGUGAUGACAGCAAACAUUGACCGAAUUCUUCUUUUUUUUUUUUUAGUUUAUUUAUUUAU